UUGCUGGGGAAAGAUCGACGUUGUGGGAUAACAUGGACUUUUGGAACAUUUGUUUAUGGACACUGUGAAUGCGGAACGCGAUGCCUUGGGAAUGAAUCAAGAUCAUGGCGAAAUGAUUGAAAGAUAUCGAUCUCUGGGCAAACUAGAACAGAAGCGUUUGGAAGAAGACGAGGAUAAAGUCCUGGGAACGACUUUGUACAACAUCGUUGCGUUCAUGAUUCAACUUGAUGUAGACAAAAGUGAUAUUAAGAAGAAAGUUCGUCGAAUCAUCGGUAAAGCUCAUAUCGGAAUGACGCAAAGCCAGUUGAUUGGACAGCUUUUGUCAAAAUUAUCUUACUUGCGAGGUAAUGACAUUGAUUUAAUAGAGGAUUGCAGUCGUUUAAUGACGAAGAAGACAUUUGUUGUCCAUUGUGGUGGUGAUCUUGUUGGAGACGUUUAUUUUAUGGAAGUUUACGAUGAUUGUAUUUUGUUGCGAGCGCCAUCCGGAACCAUUAUCGAGCGAUGGUGGUAUGAAAAACUCGUCAAUAUUACGUACUCGCCCAAGACAAAGAUGUUAUGUCUGUGGUAUAGACAGGGACAAGAUACUCAACUAAACAAAUUUUGCACUAGAAAGUGCCGAGCUUUGUAUUUUUGUAUAAAAGCUACGAUGCAGAAGGCUGCUGAAAGAUUGCGGGGCUUAAAAUCAGGUCCAACUUGGUGGAAAGUUCCUGCACAAAGUAUGGUGUAUAAUUCACUUGAACUGGAAUUGCCUGCUUUCUGGGAUGUCGUAGAUGUAAUUCUCUGUAGCCCUAAUAAUAAUAAUAAUGGACUCCGUCGAUUUCGACGUAUGAGGGUUCCACACAAAAUGGAACAUCCUGGUUACUGA